AUGGUUAAUAGUCGACUGUUGAUACAACCACUGUUGGGAUGCAAUGUCUACAUCUCAGCCGGAGGCUCUCCGCGUCAUAUACCCUUCCUGUUGGACAUAUUGAAAAAGACUCAAGAACACUGUGCUCAGCUUGGAGGCACGAGUACCAGUAGUGGAGAGCCAAAUAUCUCCUCCCAUCCAACAGCACCAGAGGAAACGGCUGUUGCCAAUGCAUGCGUCGUGGUCCAUGCAUUUUCCGAUGUUGUCUACAAUAGAUCAUCGAUCCACUUGGCAGCCAACAGUGAAGAUGCAAUGGCUCGUGUUGUGAUCGAUCUUGUUCAAAAUGCUCGAUCAAGGCUUUCUCAAGAAGAGGAACAAGACGACAAUACUGAAUUUUCGUCUGCACCGCAUCAUCCUUCUGUUGGUCUCGUCGACCACGUCUCGGUAAUGCCUCUUCUCCUGGAAAAGGGAAAAGAUGAACACGAUGUGACUCAAGACAACCAACUUCAAACACCGUGGGGUCGGACCGCCAGGGCGAUUGGAACCACCAUGGCCGACACUCCCAAUGUUGCUGUUUUCUUUUAUGGCGAUGCAGAUCCCCACCAAACGCCACUGGCAACAGUUCGACGUGACAAGACCAACUUUUUUCAAUCAGGCGGAUUAUUAUUGGAUUCCGACAAUGCCAAAACUCAUGUUAUGGACACGGCCACCGUGGGAGCACCGCCGGGAUUUGUGGAGAAUUACAAUAUACGUCUCCAUGCUUGUUGCGAUAAGAAAAUGGCGCAGUCGUUGACACGCGCCGUGCGAGAGCGCAAUGGAGGUGUCGCAGGUGUAGAAGCGUUGACGUUGCCGUACAGUCAAGGUCGCUACGAAGUGGCCUGCAAUCUGCUACAGCCACGGGUGGGAUCCGCCGAGUGCAUCCAGAAAAAGGUGGACGAAUGGGUACAAGGACAAACAUCAUCAACAUCACAAGAAGAACUUGUAGAAUGUGCCUACCGCGUGGGGACAACAGCCAGCCAAUGUCUGGAGGCGCUCGAAUUGGCACUGGAAGCUCGAGAACUGCAGCAACAAAAACAAGAACAGCUUGAAAGACACAACGAGAGUGUCUGGCAACAAUUCAAGGGCUAUUUGUCACAAUAG